UUGGAAGUUGUCUCCAAGUUUAACAGACCCGAAGUAAUUCAUCAAUGUUCUUCACGGCUGUCUGUCUUUCGAAAGCUUCGCGGCGAGCUUUGACGCCCAAGCGGGGGAACAAGGACUUCUAUAAAGGAACUAGACAGGCCUUUCUCCCUGGUGGACACCGCACGGGUGCCCCAGGCAAACAUGUCAUCCGAGGCGCGUCGAAGUACCGUUUACUGGACGAGAAAGUGCGGGUAUUUGUCGCGCCAAGCAUAGAGGAGAUCAAAAAGAGCGAGGUGUGUUGUAUAGAUGUUAUCAAUUUACCCCUUUUCUGACUACUUUUGCUUUGUUAUUCUCUUGAUGUGUAUCUGACUCUUGGUCGUUAUGCACACGUAUAUCUACCCCUCAUCCAACAUCUCCCCCCAUCUAUUGUUUUCCUGAAAUUAGCUGAAGCCGUACGUC